AGCAGCAGCGCCAUGAGCCAAAUUUGCCAGCAGCCCUUCGCGCCUCGGCCGAACGGCUCUCCGGCGGCGAGCGGGGCGCGGAGGAACGACAGCCGCGACUACCUGCUGAUGGACUCGGAGGCGUGUGAGGAGAACUGCGCGACGUCCUACGCUUACUACCCCGCUAGAGGCGCCGAGAACAGACAUGCCCUCCGACAGCAGACUGUUGUCCGAGAGAAAGGCAGGAGGCUUGCAAAUCGCGGACCGGCAUAUAUGUUUAAUGACCACUCAACUAGCCUUUCUAUUGAAGAGGAGCGUUUUUUGGAAGCGGCAGAAUAUGGCAACAUUCCCGUGGUCCGCAAGAUGCUGGAGGAAUGUGCCUCGCUCAACGUGAACUGUGUGGACUACAUGGGGCAGAAUGCUCUGCAGCUCGCCGUCGCGAAUGAGCACCUGGAAAUCACCGAGCUCUUGCUUAAUAAGGAGAACCUGUCACGGGUUGGGGAUGCCCUGCUCUUGGCCAUUAGCAAAGGUUACGUCCGGAUAGUAGAAGCCAUCUUGGGUCACCCUGCGUUCGCCGAAGGCAAGAGGCUGGCCACGAGCCCCAGCCAAUCGGAGGUGCAGCACGAUGACUUUUAUGCCUACGACGAGGACGGCACCCGCUUCUCUCACGAUGUGACCCCCAUCAUCCUAGCUGCUCACUGCCACGAGUACGAAAUCGUGCACACCUUGCUGAGGAAAGGCGCUCGCAUCGAGAGGCCUCACGACUACUUCUGCAAAUGCAGCAAAUGCAACGAGAAGCAAAAGCACGAUUCCUUCAGCCAUUCCAGGUCCAGGAUCAAUGCCUACAAAGGUCUGGCCAGCCCUGCUUACCUUUCCUUGUCUAGUGAGGACCCUGUAAUGAUUGCCUUAGAACUAAGCAACGAGUUGGCUGUGCUUGCUAACAUUGAAAAAGAAUUCAAGAAUGAUUACAAAAAAUUGUCUAUGCAGUGCAAAGACUUUGUGGUUGGACUUCUUGAUUUAUGCAGAAACACAGAAGAAGUAGAAGCUAUUUUAAACGGAGAUGUUGAGCUGCACCACGGGGAGCACGGACGCCCUAGCCUUAGCCGCCUUAAACUUGCCAUAAAGUAUGAAGUCAAAAAGUUUGUAGCACAUCCAAACUGCCAGCAACAACUCCUCUCCAUCUGGUAUGAGAAUCUGUCAGGUUUACGACAACAGACGAUGGCGGUGAAGUUUUUAGUGGUUCUUGCUGUUGCUGUUGGGCUGCCAUUCCUGUCGAUGGCUUAUUGGAUCGCUCCAUGCAGUAAGUUGGGUAGAAUAAUGCGCGGACCCUUUAUGAAAUUUGUGGCACAUGCAGCCUCCUUCACCAUUUUCCUUGGUUUGCUGGUCAUGAAUGCGGCAGACAGGUUUGAUGGCACCAAACUGAAGCCCAAUGAAAGCAGAACGGAUGGAAAACAGCUGUUCAGGAUGAAAACCUCGUGCUUCUCGUGGAUGGAGUUGCUUAUUAUCUCAUGGGUAAUAGGUAUGAUAUGGUCUGAGUGUAAAGAGAUUUGGUCCCAAGGUCCCAAGGAAUACCUGUUUGAGUUGUGGAAUAUGCUGGAUUUCGGGAUGCUAGCUAUUUUUGCAGCUUCAUUCAUUGCGAGGUUCAUGGCAUUUUGGCAUGCUUCCAGAGCCCAGAGCGUGGUCGAUGCGGAUGCAGAUAUGAAGGACUUGAAAACGGCGACAUUGCAUCCCAAUAUAAAAUACUACACUUUGGCAAGAAUAGACUGGGAUCCAUCCGACCCUCAAAUCAUAUCUGAAGGCCUGUAUGCAAUCGCUGUGGUCUUAAGCUUCUCAAGAAUCGCCUAUAUUCUGCCAGCCAAUGAGAGCUUCGGACCUCUACAGAUAUCGCUUGGCAGAACUGUGAAAGACAUAUUCAAGUUCAUGGUCAUAUUUAUCAUGGUUUUUGUGGCCUUCAUGAUAGGAAUGUUUAACCUCUACUCUUACUACCUGGGGGCAAAGCAAAACGAAGCCUUCACUACAGUGGAAGAAAGCUUCAAGACUUUGUUCUGGGCAAUAUUUGGACUCUCAGAAGUGAAAUCAGUUGUCAUAAACUAUAGGCACAAAUUUAUUGAGAACAUUGGUUAUGUCCUUUAUGGGGUUUACAACGUCACCAUGGUUAUUGUUCUGUUGAACAUGCUUAUCGCGAUGAUCAACAGCUCAUUCCAAGAGAUUGAGGAUGAUGCUGAUGUGGAAUGGAAGUUUGCAAGAGCAAAACUGUGGUUCUCCUAUUUUGAGGAGGGCAGAACACUCCCAGUGCCAUUCAACCUAGUGCCUAGCCCCAAAUCUCUGAUUUACUUCUCGCUCAGAAUAAAGAAGUGGAUUUUUAAGUUGUUGUUUUGCAGUAGAAAAGGUUUCCAGGAAGACGCUGAGAUGAAUAAGCUAGGUCAAAGUAAGGAAUCGAGUAUAAGAAGCUCAGAUGACCUCAACUUAAACAGCUUAAGGAACCCUCAAAGGAAGUAUCAGAAAAUUAUGAAACGUCUUAUAAAGCGAUACGUACUGAAAGCUCAAGUGGACAAAGAAAGUGACGAAGUCAAUGAAGGUGAGCUGAAAGAAAUUAAACAGGACAUCUCAAGCCUCCGUUACGAGCUCCUUGAAGAAAAAUCACAGAACACAGAAGACCUGGCAGAACUCAUCCGGAAACUUGGGGAGAAACUGUGUAUUGAGCCAAAACAGGAACAAAGGACUUCUCUCUGAAAAAGAAAGUGGGGGGGGGGGACACUCCUCCUCCAUGCAAGCUGGCAGUCCAGUGAAAGCCAUAUCAGUUCUAUCUACACCCCACUCCCCACUCCCCCCGCAAUUCUUCUUCAGUCGUAAUUGACACUUUUGCAGCAGCUACAAAAGUAGAUACAUCUUGACAAUUCUUUUUCUUUUUGGUUAACUGGGGAAAAACCGGCAUUUUGAGCAGAUGUUAUUUAACCCCAUCCACGGAGGCCAACUCAGCCAUUGGAAGGAACAGACAUAAAAUAUGGUUUGAGAAGCCGCACAAUUAAAGACUUUAAUUACUGGUUCUACUGGUGCCAGGGAGCUCUCUUGUCCUCUCACUCUCUUUCACACUCCCACUAACGUGCACACAUAUUUUGACACUUCAAACGUAUGCACACUUAAGAAGUACAUUCCACUGAGAUGAAUGAGGCUUACAAAUUAAGCAUUUAGGAAUAAGGUUCUGAUCACUUUCUUUUCUU